AUGCGUUUCCUCGACCUCAACCGAUACUCGCUCCUCUCCUUCACUGCAACCCUCGUUGCCAUCGCCUAUUCCUCCCACAAGUCCCUCUUCCAUACCCCAUCCUCAUUCCUCAACCUUGCACUUCUCAAAUCCCUCGAGCCCUUCCUCAAAGAUGUGAUUCCUUUUAGUGCAGACCUGCCCUUCUCCUCGUUUUCAGCCUCGUCCUCCUUCGACACUGUCCUUGAUGACCUUAUUCUCGACGGCAGUCAAUCGCAACAGCAGCAGCAGCAGCAACAAAUGACCUUGGCCAAAGAUACCGUGACCUUCGAUCAAGCCAAACUGUCGUCCAAGCGACUAGGAUUGGUCGACAACAACAACGAGCACAGUCAAUUGUUAGGAGGGGCAGCUGGUGUCGGAAACGGCUUUCGACCGUCAGUCUUUCAAGCGAUGCUUGCGGAGCGGUACCUCAAGUUCCGCACGCCGUCUCCCGCUGUGCUACUGCAGUUGCAGGUCAUCCUUUCGUACUUGCAGAACGAAAAACUCUGUGUCUUGAUCUUCACUAACAUGGCGUUCUGUCUGGCCUUCCUUGCGGGUCGGCUCUUUCUCAGGACAUUUUUUGGAGAUCUCCGUUUGAUCGAGCGUCAGCAUAUGUAUGACAGGGCACUCAAUUUCCUGCUCUUCAAGGUCGUCUUUGUAGGCGCCAUCCUUGAGCCACGGUGGGAGGAGUUACUCAUCUGGACUGCAUGGUUCACUAUCCUGGGGUUCCUCCGGGUCUUUAGCAUGCUUUGCCGAGACCGCUUCGAAUACUUGACUGUGUCACCCAAUAUUCCGAUCAAGGUCCAUGUCAAGAUCUUGACUAUGUUAACCAUGAUCCUAGUCUCCACCAUUGCGUGGUUCGUCUUUUGCAUUUCUGUCUUUCGCUCAAUGCUCCUGCUUCUGUCAUUUGAGUGCUUCACACUCUUUCUGGACACGGUUCAAACCCUCGUCAAAUAUACCAUUCAUCUCGGAGAUUUGUCGCGACAGGGACCGUGCGAAUCGAGGAGGAUGGUUCAGUAUUACACCGAGUUUUCAACGGACACCAUGAUCUUGGUCACCACUCUUGGCCACUACUUGCACAUCAUGUACCUCCACGGGAUCUCAUUCACCCUUAUUGAUGCUGUGCUGUUUUUGAACAUGAGAAGUGUAUUCAACACCUUGCGGAAGAAACUCGCCGGACAUCAAGCCUACCGACAGGCACUCAAGAAUAUGCAGGCGUUAUACCCGUCUGCAACGGAAAAGGAACUCGCCGACUACAGCGACGAUUGCGCGAUCUGCAGGGAUAGCAUGACAUCCGCUAAGAUCCUCCCCUGUGGCCACAUCUUUCACUUGUAA